AUGGAUGCACUCAAUGCGACGCUGCGUCGUCUGUGUACCCCGAAGCGUGCCAGUGGGAAACUUGAAGUUAGUGCUGAAAUUCAUAGGCAAUGGAAGCAGGGGGGAACACAACGGCAAGCUCUGUUGGAUAUCUUGGUCAAAGCUGGUGGAAACAAGGACGCUUUCAAGAAGGAGAUCGAGCACAUCCAGAAAAAAGCCCGUCGAACCAAGAUUCAUGUGACCAAAGGGUUCUACUCAAAGGAAAAGAUGCGUACCGAGUUGGGCUGGUCAGCGGCUCGUAUCAAGGGAGCUGUCGCCUACUGCUGCCACCCUUCCAGAGCAAAGACACAUGUCAGGAAGGAUAAGUACGAGCGCAAUCUUCGGGAGUUUUGGGUCGAUGCUGCUACAACGGGUUCUGCUGAGGAAGAGAAUGAAGAAACCUUCGUUGACCGUACUAGGGGUGAGGGUGAUGCUCCAAGCACCAUCGACUUGGGCCUGCCACCCACCGAUUGCCCAGGCACUGAUGACGAAGCUCAGGAGGACUCUGAUGAAUCGGUCGAAGAAGACCUGCAGGGCGAUGCUGAUGGCACCAGUUCCAAAGCAUCUAAGGUUCGUGUGAAAGUCCCCGGAAAAAACGAUGUGGAAAGGGAAGUUGCCCUUGAGGCUGUGGAGAACGUCAGUUCUGUGAUGACACAGCUGCUGAAGGUGCAAACCCGCAUGACCGGAUUGCUUGAGAAGUUGGCUGCCCUUGACACAGAGGAUGCCAAGCAGAGUGCCACCAAGAUCGAUGGCUACAGCAAGAGCCUGAUGACGCUUUUGAAGCCCGUGAAAAGUGCAGAGCCCAAAGCCUUGCCCAAGAGCUCAGCACAACCGAAAGUAAAGGCUAAGGCCACAAAAGGUAAGUCAAAGGCAUCUGCCAAGAAAGAAGAUGAUCAUGAAGUACCGGUUCAACUCCUCCUUGCCACGGAUCUGCGGCAAAACGGCCGAAGACUGGUCCUGCAGCACAGGCCAUUGCAGGUGCCCUUUCUAGAGGGGCUCUACUCCAAGAAAACCAAGGGAAAUGCAAAGAAGAACGCACCACUGAUAGAUCUUAUUGCACAUUUGGCCAAACAGCUGAGAGAUGCAUUCUACAAUGGAAUGGAAGUCACCAUUGAUGGAAAAUUGGAAACAAUCUUUCUGGUCCCUCUUGGUUGCAAAGGGGAUUGGCCAGCUCUUGCAAAGGUUGGUACAUUACAACGCCACUUCGGACGGCAGAGCGCUAAGGAUGGUGCGGCAGGGAUUUGCCAUUUGUGUCGAGCUGAUCAAGACGGAUUCAAAAACUGGCAUGACGUGAGCUUCAGUAACAUUGAAUCCAUGCAUCGUGAUGUUCCUUUGCCAUGGACUAGAGACCCAGCCCUUCUGUCAGCAGUUCCUCUACCGGACGCUUACAAGGCAUCCUUUUUCAAGUCGGAUUUGUUCCAUACCCUUCACAAAGGUCUUAUGAUGACCUACUCCGACAUGGAAGCAAAGCUGCGUCGAGCCCUCAUCUUGUGGCAGUGUCGAAAAGCUGGAGCGGUGAAGAUGAAAGGAAAGGAUUAUGAGGUCCAGGAUGGAGAUGUGAUCGAAUUCCGGAUCCGCAAUGCGCGGUCGUAG